GAGCCGCUGGAGCUGUGUGUGUGUGUGCGCAGAGUUACCGUUACCAUUUUACUAUGUGUGUGUCUUAUAUUACAGCAAUGCUGCACAUCAGUGGCCAGAGAGAGGGGAGAGGGGAGGAAAAGCCUGUUUACACAGACUGCAAACCGCCUGGGGAAUAAUGCAGGAAAGGAAGUGAGCCGGCUCUCUGUCUGACUGCUCCAACUUCCUGCUCUCUCUCUCUCUCUCUCACACACACACACACCAAGGGGGGGGGAAAAGAAGAAGGAAAAAAAAAGGGAAAAAAAUCCGGAUCUCAUUACAAGAGCAACAGAGCGUUUGCAGGAGGACUGUCAGCAUGGAAAACCAGGGGAUUUUAGCCAGCUCCCUUUAAACGACAAGGAGAGAUUGGGAAAAGCCCGGCCAAUUCUGGGUAUGGAGAGUGCAAUCACACUGUGGCAGUUCCUUUUGCAAUUGUUGCUGGACCAGAAACAUGAGCACCUGAUCUGUUGGACAUCCAAUGAUGGCGAAUUCAAGCUACUCAAGGCAGAGGAAGUGGCUAAGCUGUGGGGGCUCAGAAAAAACAAAACAAAUAUGAAUUAUGACAAACUGAGCCGAGCACUCAGAUACUAUUAUGACAAGAACAUCAUCAAGAAAGUGAUUGGACAAAAGUUUGUGUACAAGUUUGUCUCGUUUCCUGAAAUCUUAAAAAUGGAUCCACAUGCCAUAGAAAUCAGCAGAGAGAGCCUUUUGCUGCAGGACAGCGACUGUAAGAUACCUUCUGAGAGCCGAGAACAGCACAAGCAGAGCUUGUCUGUGCUAAAAAGCACAAGCCGUAAUGAAUAUAUCCAUUCUGGCUUGUACUCGUCUUUCACCAUCAACUCUCUGCAGAAUCAGCCAGACACUUUCAAGCCAAUCAAAACAGAAAAACUGGAAGAGAAGUCAGAAGGAAACACACCAGUGGAAGAAGUCAGGACUGUUAUAAGAUUUGUGACGAAUAAAACAGACAAACAAGUGAUGAGGCCCAUUGUGUCGCUGCCAUCUACUUCUGAAGCAGCAGCUGCCUCUGCUUUUCUUGCUUCUUCAGUGUCAGCUAAAAUAUCUUCUUUAAUGCUGCCAAAUGCAGCUAGCAUUUCAUCUACUUCACCAUCCUCAUCACGGUCCCCAUCUCUGUCUCCUAACUCACCCCUCCCUUCAGAACACAGGAGCUUCUUCCUCGAGUCCAGUUGCCAUGACUCAGAUUCUCUUGAGCCUCUGAACCUCUCUUCAGGUUCCAAGACAAAAUCUCCAUCUCUUCCCCCAAAGGCUAAGAAACCCAAAGGCUUGGAAAUCUCCGCCCCUCCCAUGGUUCUUUCCAGCACCGAUAUUGGUUCCAUUGCCCUCAACAGCCCAGCACUUCCUUCAGGAUCCCUGACUCCAGCUUUCUUCACUGCACAGACCCCAAAUGGAUUAUUGUUGACCCCAAGUCCACUGCUGUCCAGCAUUCAUUUUUGGAGCAGUCUUAGUCCUGUAGCUCCGUUGAGUCCUGCCAGGCUGCAAGGACCAAACACUUUGUUCCAGUUUCCAACUCUCCUGAACGGUCACAUACCGGUGCCAAUCCCCAGUUUGGAUGGGGGCUCUUCUCCAGUACUGCUUUCUCCAAAUGCUCACAAGUCCUGAUGAUGCCUCUUCAUGUUUUAAGGACUCAUUAACUGUUUUAACACAUUCAGUCCCAUGGGUUAUUUUUCCUGUCAUGAGAAGGACAUUGUGAAACCCUCAAUUACAUUGGUUGGUUUGCACUUUUCAUUACAUGGAUCAUCUAGUUUAUGUUAGCAUUUUUAAGCAAUGAUUUUUAUAUACAUAUAUAAAAAUCUGUUUUGCAUUAAAUGAAUUAUAAUUUUUUAUAUCCUAGCUCUCAAGUGUUGAACACUGUUGUUGAUGAAGUACUUUUAAUGGAUUUCAACAAUAUCUCUAAUAAGGAUGUGAAGCUUUUUUAAUCCCUUUUUUCUGCAUAUUAUGUAUUGUGCUUGUGUAAACUAUAACCGGCUGUGCCUUCUUUUUGCAUAAUGUUAUGUAAAUGAUUUAUAUAUUUUCUAGUAUUAAGAUAAAAAGUUGAAAGAUGAAACUAGUAUUGAACAACCACCCUAUGGUAGUAUUUCAGUAUUUUUUCCACAGAUAGGCCAUAUGACACAGUGUAUUCAUGUAACUUUGUAUUAAGUGCUUUCAAUUUGUAUAAAAAUAGCCUUAUAAUUUUUCUUUGCUGAAUUGAGAGACCAUAAUAAAUUUUAUAUCCAGGAAAUGUGUUUAGCAGUAACUAAGCCAUAUUUACACAAUGCUGCCCCAAGUUCCUCCCCGGUGUAACUCUACUGAAAUCACUGCAGGUACAUCAGCAAGGAAUUGGGCGUUACGUGUUCAUAAAACAUUCCAAAUUUUUGAAAGCUGGUCUGCAGACAAAGAGGCCUUAUACAGUAUUUAUUAUUUCUUAUGAAUUGUAGCAAUGAUAGCUGGUAAGACCUUAGGCAGCCUCCAUCCUUGUGGCUGAUGCAGGAUUGUUUCCUAUAGUGUUCACUUUUGCCAAGUGCCUUCUACCACUUCACUCAGAAGAGUAUUCCAGCUGCUUAGCUCCGUCAGCCAAGUUUUCCCUCAACAGAAAUUGCAGAAUGUUUAAUUAACUUCUGGUGCUUGUGAAGAGACCUAUUGUAUACAUAGACCUGUGCAUAUACAAACAUCUAAAGUCUUUGAGAACAGUGGAUUCAUAAAUAAUGCUGUAUUGCUAUCUACAUGCAACCAAAAUAUUACUUUAUUAAGUAUGCCCUCUGGCUUUAGGUGAUGGCUUAGUCAUCUAAACGUCAGGUCAGAACUAGGCUAGACACUCUGGCACCACAGAUUCCAAUCUUGGCAGGGCUGAUGCAAACAUUCAGUCAUCUGAGGUAGAUAAAUUAGGUUGUGAAAGUUUACCAUCUGGAUCUUUCAGAUGAGACCUUAAAGUCAGGAUCUUGUCAGCUACAUCUGGUCAUUAAAGAGCCCAUAACACUUUUUUAAUGCAAAAUACUGGGGGGGUUGCCCCUUGCAACUAGCCAAAACUCCUAACUCUUGAGUUUUACAGUGAGUUUUGUGCCGAUUAUUUGCCUGGAUGUAAUUCAAUGAUGAUGUGUGUAGUUAAAUGUAAUGUGCUUUUGGAUCCUUCACGUUGAAAGGUGCUAAAUAAACAUUUUAUUAAUGCA